UGGAAACAUUCUUAGAUAUUGAAGCAACAAGCCACUUACCCCAGGGCCUAAUUUGCUAAUGAGCAUAUUAGGCAUAUUUUGUAAGCAUAUUCACUUGUCGUUCUAGUUAUUUUCCACUGUUAAAAUACUUUGUCACUCAUUUGUUUAUCUGGAAACCUUUGCAACAUAUAAUAAUAGCGAAAUAGAGGGUAUUUGUGUGAUUAACCAAGGUAACUUAUGUAGAAUUUUACAGUUGCCAUAAUUAAUUUUCUGAGGAGGUAAAGGACUGAAAUGACUCCACAGAAUUUUACAAAGUAUAUAAAUGUGCAGUUUUCAAUUCUAAAUUUUCAUUAGUCAGUGCAAAUCAUCUGACUUACAAGUGACUUCUAAAUCCUCUGGUCACUGAGCUGUUAUCUAACGUACAGAGAUCCAAGACAUUAGCAAAUAUGUCAACCCAGAGUCAGACAGUGCUCAUUCACAGAUUCAAUGGGAUUCCCUUUACAACUAUGUCAUCGCCGGAUCUUCUAAAAUCCUUGGAUGCCUUUGAUGCUAGAGAAGAUGACGUCCUUUUGGUUUCCUAUCCAAAGUCUGGCACUCACUGGCUUGCACAAAUUAUAAUGCAGAUUUACACUCCCAAAGUCACCCUAACAUCACCUAUUGAGUUUGGGGACAUCUCCAGAGUGGAAGAACUGAACAAUCUUUCAUCCAAGAGAAUCAUCCCAACUCACUUGGACUACAACAUGUUACCGUCAAAUUUUAAGGUCAAACAAUGCAAGGCCUUCUACAUCAUCAGAAAUCCAAAAGAUAUUGCAGUUUCUAUGUUUCACUACUACAGAGAUAACCCAAAUCUCCCCACCAUCGAUUCAUGGACUAUUUUCCUUGAGCUGUUCUUAAGGGGAGAUGUUGUCUGUGGAUCCUGGUUUGAUCAUUUCUUAAGCUGGGAAGAGCAUAAAAAUGACAGAAACAUCUUAUUUUUAUUCUAUGAAGACAUGAAGAAGGAUCUUCCUAAGGUUGUGAAGAAAAUGAGUGUAUUUCUGGGAGUAAACAUCAGUGACAAUGAAAUCAAAGAGGUUUGUGAGAAGUCGUCAUUCACUGAGAUGAAAAGCAAUGUAGAAAAAGAAAAGAGUGACCCAAAUCACACCGUUUGUGCACUCACAUCCAAUAGGAAGCUGAUAUUCCGAAAAGGUGCUGUUGGUGACUGGAAAAACCACUUCACUCCAAAAGAAAACAAAAUGUUUGAGGAAAUGUUUACUAAGAAGAUGGAAUUGAGUGAACUGGCAAAACGUAUCAUAUAUGAAUGCUGACAAAUGAAGAGUGCUAGUCAGUUGACAACUGAACGGAAAAACCUGGAGAUGUGUUAAUAUAGUGUCAAAACAAUGUUUGUACUUUUGAAGUUACUUUGCAGAAAGAUCCUGUGUAGUAAUUCCUAAUAAAAUAUUAAGAGAAAAUC